AUGGUCCGCAAGCGUGUGCUUUCGUUCAUGUCGGUCUUUGGCCCCAAGAACAAUGACUCGGACAAGGAGGGCUCGAAUUCCUCGAGUAAUGUCACCCUUGCCCAAACACCGCCGCGUUAUGAGACCCCAUCCCCGCCUUCAGAGCUUGCGCCGACGGGAGGCGCCGCAACGCCGCGGAGUGACGGAAAGGGUGCGCGGCCGGCAUCGACAAUCUUUUCACGCAAUCCGCCGCUCAUGACCCAUGCGGAGGAUACCCCACCGGAGCUGUCACCGAUCUUCUCUUUUCUCAACAUUCACACCAACAAGGUUUACCACGAGGGCUACUUCCUGAAGCUCAAUGACCAGGACAACCAGGGUCGACCAUGUGCCGAUCGCCAGUGGCUGGAAUGUUACGCCCAGCUCGUCGGAACGGUGCUCUCGCUCUGGGAUGCCUCGGCCUUGGACGCUACGGAUGGCGCGGAGGUCCCUGCGACUUUUAUUAACCUGGCAGAUGCCUCGAUCAAAAUGAUCGAGACUUUGCCCGUGAGAAACGGAGCGGCCCCUCCACUCAACAACGUUCUCAGUCUUUCCUCCGCCGGUCGAAAUCGAUACCUUCUCCAUUUCAGUUCCUACCACUCUUUAAUCCAAUGGACCGCCGCUGUUCGUUUGGCGAUGUUCGAACACACUUCUUUGUACGAAGCAUAUACGGGCUCCCUGAUUGCCGCGAAAGGUAAGAGCCUGAACGGCAUUCAAACAAUCUUGGCGCCGACAAGAUUUCAACAUGAGGAUUGGUGCCGUGUCCGUUUUGGCGCAGGAACUCCGUGGAGGCGAUGUUGGUUUGUGAUCAAUCCUCCAGACGCCAAAGAAAUGGCCAAGGCCAAGAAAGCAGCGAAGAAGUCGGCCUACGACCGCCUGUCCAUUCCCGUUACUGGAAAUAUCCAGUUCUUUGAGACUAAAAAGACGAAGAAGGCCACUCCUAUCGCGACAGUCACUCAUGUUUACUCGGCUUAUGCGAUCUAUCCGCAAGCGGAGGCUUUAAUUGACCAGUCUACCCUGGUCAAGUUGGAGGGACGGAUAACCAUGCACGGUCAAGGCCAAGGCCAACAACCCGCCGAAGGAUUUGUCUUUGUUAUGCCUGAAUUGCACCCGGCCGUCUCGGGCUUCGAGAUGAUGCUCCGGUUUCUCUUCCCGACCUUUGAUACCUUCAAUCUUUACGGUCGUCCAACGCGGCUUGUGGCGGACACGAACCAUAUAAAGAGUAUCAUGUUUGCAUUCCCACAAGAGCGUCGCUAUGGUUAUCUCGAUGUUAUUGACAUCAUAAACUUGCUCCAGAGCCCUGAAAGCAAGGGAUGGGAUGAGUCGCAGUGGAGAAGGAAAUUGAAAGAGGCUACUCAGAAGCGGCAAUCAGCAGGGAGAAGCCGGACAAACAGUGUGCGCAGUGCUCGACCACGCUAUCGAUCCAGCAUAUCAAGUCACCACAAUGGCAGUCACUUGAACGACUCUCCGCGCCGUUAUAACCCGGCGCCUGUGAUCCGACCCGAGUUCAACCAGUCCGCCGAUGCCGUAGUUCGCGAAGUUCCGAAGAACGACGCUCCCGUUUCGCCGAUCUACCACAACCGAGGAUUUUCAGACGUGACCGGGCUGCAUGGGGUUCGACCGCCUUCAUAUGGUGGUGAUAAUUCACCUAAUACUGGUGAUGAUUCGCUUAAUUCAUCAGCGCAAGAUUUGCUCCCGCGGGACAGAGACCUGAAAGUGGUGACACCAAUUGCAGAGCGUAGGAGCGCCGAGAUGGAUUUCCACCUCGACGACCAAGAACAGGUCCACCCACGAACUCCUCCCUCGCCGGUUGCUAGUCCACCAGCCUUCUCCCACGGGCCUCGAGAAAUGCCAAAUAACCGCCCGGAGCCAGACAGUCGCCAAAGACUCGCCAAUAACCGCAUGUCUUAUUCAACCCUCACCCAACUGAGGUCAGUUGGUAAUAUGGGAGGCAGUGGAAGCUCGCUCUCCUUCCAAGAGCAGCCCUCCGACUCGUCAAGUGUUGAGCUUCUCUCCAAUCAGGCUCCCAAUCAGAUAGGUGGCGCAGUCGUACAGCCCACGCAGCUCAUGAGCCCUCCUCUAGAACACCAUUCAAGUGAUGAAGGGCUCAGAGGCGCGAAGCAAUACACCGGAGGCCAUGGUCAGUACCCUGGAACACCGAGUACAACUAGUACCAGUACCCCGUCUCCCCAGCGAAAGCCCCCAGUUGUCUCAGCCGCCUCUGGGGAGCCAAGCUAUGACGACCUCCGUCAUACCCUGGACGAAAAUGUGCUGAAUAGCAUCAGCCCUGCUCAUUUGCCAUCCCCUACAUCUCCAAAAAAUGAAGACGAGGCAAGUGUCUACGACGAUGCUAUAUCCACAGUUUCGCCCGAUUACGCAAGCACCCAUGAUUCAGUCUACAGCAAGAAGUCGACGAGUUCAACCAAGCCACGAAUGGGUCUUUUGAAGACGGUGGGCCAACCUGCCAAGCAGGACCUUGUUAUUGGGGAUGCUCAUUAUUCCACUGACAAGCCUGCUGAACCCAGCCCUGAUAUUCCAACGGUUGACUUUGGCCCAACCAUGACCUACAUGCCCACGACUGGGCGCCCCAGCACCGGUGAUACCAUCAGGAAACUUUCGGUCCCUACCAAUGCCAUGGACCACGGGCAUAUUCGACCAUCUAGCCAGGACGAUCACAGGCGAAGCAUGUUGUGGCAGCCCGGAAUGACCGCUGGCCGCCCGACCACGCCCGGCGGAGGUCUCACACCUGAGCAAUUCGUCCAGACUCGAGCGGAGACCCGAGUAGCCCCCAGCCCCCCUGCACAUAAGCAUUUGAGGUCGAAGAGCCAUACCCCUCCUCUUCAGCGUCCUUCGUCGGGGGACUGGACCCAGCAAGUUCGCCCCAACUCGCGUAUGACUUCGUACGGCGAACUCAGCCAGCGCCCUUCCUCCCGAGGCACGGGAUCGAUGCUAAAUUACAAUGACAUGUCGAGCCAUCUCUCUGCCCGAGAGCAGGAGCACAUUGCACGAGUCACUCACUCUCCCUUCUUUGAUAUGUCCCAGGACAGGCUCCGGUCACAAGCCCCGGUCAACCCAGGUGGCCUUGUGUCGACCAUCGACGUCCGCGAACGUGAGAAGCGGGAAAUGAGGGAGGGCAUGUCAAAUCAAAUGGUGCAGCAUGCUAUCGCCCAACGGCAACAGCAGCAACUUAUGCAGCAACAACAACAGCAGCACAUGAACUCCAUGUACGGAGCUCCCUCUGUGUAUCAACAGCCACAGCCCGCAUUCCGUCACGAUUCUAUGUACAAUCUGCCAGGCGCCAGUCAAACCUGGGAUGCCUUGCAUCAGCCCCACCGUCUCGAUGAGCCCCGCCGAUCAUCCUGGUACGGACAGCUUGCGCAAGCUCCCCAGACACCCCCGCCAUAUCAACAAAACCAGGGCUACGCCCACCAUGGUUAUCUGAACAACAAUAUGAACUCCAUGCAUUACUAA